AUGGCACACCCUAUAAUUGAUGUUGACCUUGCUUCAGACACUCCUACGGAUUUAAUACUGGAAAAGCACAUUCAGUUUCUUGCUUCUUUUGAUAAAAAAGCCGAUCCGAUGCUGGAUUACUUAAAGUUAUCUGCUAUGUACUGGUGCUUAACUGCACUAGAUUUGAUGGACAAAUUGGAUGUAAUCGACAAAGAGACGGUGGUCCAAUUUGUGCAGUCGUGCCAGAAUCCUGACGGAGGGUUGGCUCCUGCCCCCGGGCAUGAUUCACACAUUCUGCCUACUUUGAGUGGCAUCCAAAUUCUCGUCCUCUACGACGAGCUUGACAAAAUCGAUCGGAAAAAAGUUGCAGAAUAUGUAGCAAAACUACAGGUGGGACUGACGUUGAUUCCAAGGUUAUAA